GCUUAGCUCAAAGCACAGUCCACAUAUAAAAAAAGUUGAAAAUCAGAUUGAAAAAUAAAAAUGGAGAGAAUAACAAAGAUGGUUUCAGAGAGGCCAGUGGUGAUAUUCAGCAAGAGUACAUGUUGCAUGAGUCAUACAAUAAAGACACUUUUGAGUGAGUUUGGUGUGAAUCCAGCAGUACAUGAACUUGAUGAGAUACCAAGAGGGAGAGAAAUUGAACAAGCUCUUUCAAGAUUAGGUUGUUCUCCAACUGUUCCCACUCUCUACAUUGCUGGUGACCUUAUUGGUGGUGCCAAUCAAGUUAUGUCUCUUCAUCUUAACCGUUCUUUGAUUCCAAUGCUUAAAAAAGCUGGUGCUCUUUGGCUUUAAUUUCUCCCCACUCAAUUAAUAAAUUAUGAGUUAAUAUUAUUAGAGUUUCAUUAUGGCAUGCAUGGGAUACUUAAUAAUAAGGCUAACUUCAUUCAUAGAUUUCGGGUGUGACAUUGAGAGAUUACGAUCUUCUACUACUAUGUACCACUUAUAGCUACAAGGAAUCCAAAUCCUCCAUUUAGCCUUCUUUUUUGAGGUUAAAUUAAUGUAAUGCUAUCUUUUUGAUAAGUAUAUGAUAAUAAAUAUAAUGUUAUCUUUUUUAUGAGGUUAAAUGUAAUGUUAUCUUUUUGAUAAGUAAAUGAUAAUAAAUUAUAUGGA